GCUACUUUGCAUGCACAUUCAGAUAGAUCAUAUCAGACAAGUAAAUCUAGCUUGCUGUAAACACAGUUAGUUCGUAAUUAUCGCAUAGGGCCAUGGGGAAGUACAGUGUGGGUCUCGUGGUUUUAGGGUUGCUGGCCCUUGCGUUUUCGACCACUGUGCUGGCUGAAACACAUGUUGUUGGUGACUCCAACGGUUGGGACUUCUCUGUGUCGUUUGAUAGCUGGGCUGAUGGAAAGGUCUUCGCUGCUGGUGACACUCUUGUUUUCAACUACAAACCGGGCGCACACAACGUGCUGGCCGUGGACGCGGCGACGUACAGGAGCUGCAAGGUGGGCAGCUCGGCGGACUCGGUGGCGGCGGCGACGGGGACCGCGUCGUUCCUCCUCAAGAAGGGCGUCAACUACUACAUCUGCGGCGUCCCCGGCCACUGCGCCGCCGGGAUGAAACUCCGGGUCGUCGCCAACUGAUGAAACUCCGGCGACAGAUCAAUCCCUUAAUUAAUUAAAACUAUGUGGGUGUCUCUGCAGCCUGAAGCAGCAUAUAGCUUGCUCGGUUUAGGGAUUGGUCGCGUAUAUAUAGUUGUAAUUGUAGCCCUAUGUACUGGAGUGGCUGACACUGGGUCUGUCAUGCUCCUGCAUCUGCAUGCGUGCAUGGCUGCAUGCUAUAUAUCAGCUUUGUGCGUUCUAAAUAAUGGCCCGAAUGUGCACCUGUGUGGCUGUGUGGCUGUUUGUUGGAACUUGGAAGUACUUAUAUAUAAUAUAUAGUUCCCUUCUAUGGAUGGAGAUUCACAAAAUAAAAUUUAAUAAUUGUUUA